AUGUCAGAAUUGACGACCAUCCAUUUCAAAUCCUUAAAGAUCCUCACGAGUAGCUUUUCAGGUCUCUCGUUCUCUAGACUAAGAGUUCUAGCGACAACAAACAUCACCAGUAUGAAGGAGAUGGAAAACGAUUUCGAGUGCUUGGAAGAGAUGGAUCCGAAUCAGGCUCCUGUGAAGAUCACACGGCGACUGGAGGACGAUGUACCUGUGAGAGGGAGGUCGACAGAGGCUGGUCAGGGUAAGACCAGGAGGAGAACUUCGCCAGUGCAGAAGAUUCGGGGAGACAUCGCAAGCGCCAAGCUCAUUGAGGAUCGAUUCGUUCAAGACAUGUCGACUCUCAAGCUCGCGCCGAUCCGAGUGGUGGAGGGAGAACAGCAGCAACGUCGACUCAGGUCGCGCUCAGCUGAAAGGAAUCAGCAGGACACGAAGAACCUCACGAAGCUCGCUCCUUCCCGCUCUCAGCACUCUUACUUCUCCAAGUUGAGCAGGCCCUCCAGCCCCGUCCAGGCUGCUCCCAGAGAGCCAGUGUCGGCUGAGAGAACCUUGAUCCUGCCGGAGCUGAACAUGAGCCGCAGCCCGUCCAACACUUCUCUGUCCUCCUCCUCAGGUGCAAGCGAACCCAAAUUCAAGGAGAAAACAAGGAGGCUCCGGGUGAAUACGAGGGACAGCGACGCGGCUGUGGCUCGACCCAGGGGCUCAUACAGCAGGUCACCCAGCCAGACGAAGCUGGAGGACAAGGUGGAUGAGAACGAUCAGGAUGCUUCGAGCGGAAUCUCGAACCUUUCCCGCACGCCCUCUCCUUCUCGCACCAACGCCAUGCUCAACUCAAGGAUGGUACGCGAUCGGUCGCUUGUGAGUCUGGGGAGUGCGGAGAAGCUGUCGUCUCAGUAUGACGUCAACGACGGCGCGCUGGUGGAGGAGACGAGGUCCGAGUACCGUGCCGAAGAUUUCUCAGAUGUUGUGAUUCAGCAGCUGAUAGAGCAGCAGAGGAAGAGCAUGACAGUCUUGUCGAGAUGCUACUCGGGGGCUGACCCGUUCGAUGAUGUUCAGUUUGUAUGA